CACUCCUCCGUGCUGCCCCUGGCAGAUGUGGGUGGCUGCUGCCCAGAGGCGUGCCCGCCUGCUGGCCUUGCUGCUGCUGCUGGCCAGCCAGCCACAGGUCCCCUCGGCCCAGGUGAUGGACUUCCUGUUUGAGAAGUGGAGGCUGUACGGGGAGCAGUGUCAGCAGAACUUGAGCCUGCUCCCGCCUCCCACCCAGCUGGUCUGUAACAGGACAUUUGACAAGUACUCCUGCUGGCCUGACACCCUGCCCAACACCACAGCCAGCAUCGCCUGCCCCUGGUACCUGCCCUGGUACCACAAAGUGCAGCACCGCUUUGUGUUCAAGAGGUGCGGCCCGGAUGGGCAGUGGGUACGCGGGCCCAGGGGGCAACCGUGGCGCAAUGCCUCCCAGUGCCAACUGGACAUGGACGAAAUGGAGGCUCAGAAGGAGGUGGCCCAGCUAUACAGCAGCUUCCAGGCAACCUACACGGUGGGCUACGGGCUGUCCCUGGGGGCCCUGCUACUGGCCCUUGCUGUCCUGUUGGGCUGCAGCAAGCUGCACUGCACUCGCAAUUACAUCCACGCCAAUCUCUUCGCCUCCUUCGUGCUCAAGGCCGCCGCCGUCCUGGCCACUGACCGUCUGCUCCAGACCCGCUACGGCCAGCAGCUGGGCGACGACCUCAGCGUGAGCCUCUGGCUCAGCGACGGGGCGGUGGCCGGCUGCCGGGUGGCCACGGUCUUCAUGCAGUACGGUGUUGUGGCCAACUACUGCUGGCUGCUGGUGGAGGGCGUCUACCUGCACAGCCUGCUGGGUCUGCCCACCUUCCCCGAGAGGAGCCGCUUCUCCCUGUACCUGGGCAUCGGCUGGGGUGCCCCCCUGCUAUUUGUCAUCCCCUGGGCGGUGGUCAAGUGCCUCUUCGAAAAUGUGCAGUGCUGGACCAACAAUGACAACAUGGGCUUCUGGUGGAUUCUGCGUGUCCCUGUCAUCCUGGCCAUCCUGAUAAACUUCUUCAUCUUUGUCCGAGUCGUCUGCUUGCUGGUGGCCAAACUGCGGGCCCACCAGAUGCACCACACAGACUACAAGUUCCGGCUGGCCAAGUCCACGCUGACGCUCAUCCCCCUUCUGGGUGUCCACGAGGUGGUCUUCGCCUUCGUGACCGACGAGCAGGCGCAGGGCGCCCUGCGCGCCACCAAGCUCUUCUUCGACCUCUUCCUCAGCUCCUUCCAGGGCCUGCUGGUGGCUGUCCUCUAUUGCUUCCUCAACAAGGAGGUGCAGUUGGAGCUGCUGCGGCGCUGGCGGCGCUGGCACCUGGGCAAGGCGCUGCGGGAGGAGCGGUCAGCCACUGUGCACAUACCCUCAGCCGGCCCGGAGAAGCUGCAGCUGGCACAGGCGGGGGGCAGCAGUGGGGCUGGCUGGGACCGCUCAGCGAAGGCCUUGCUGGCUGGUGACCUCCCUGGGCUGGCCGAGCGGCCCUUCUGAGCGCUGGGCCUGCACUCAGACCCUGAGAGGACUGCCCUGGCCACCAGCCACCUGCCCCCUGGGUUCGCUGCAGAUAUCUGCCUUGAGGCUCAGGCAGGGUGCUGCCAAUGGCCCAAGCUUGAACUACAGGCCUGUGUGCCCAUGUGUGUCCGGGGGCAGGGGCAGUCCCUGGGGCCUGCAGCAAUAAAAGGCUGGAUCAGUAGCUGCUGGCAUGUGCUGUGGGCCGG